AUGGGAUAUUUGAAGCUUAAGAGCGUCAAGGUGGACAGCACCACAAAGAAGCUUGUGGAUCCUCUGAAAUUCAACUUCCGAUUUGCAUGUUCCAAUGAAAUCAAGUCUGGCGUCGAGUUCACUGUUUUGUACAAUAUGGAUGUGCAUUCCGACGAAAACGACCAAGUGCUCGCGGAGGUUGAGAUUGCACCUAUUCCUAAAGGGAAGAUCGAGUUCAGUAUCGAUGCAGAUGCUCCGGAUGUAAACAAGAUACCCUUGGAUGAUAUAUUUGGGCUGACAUCGAUACUCAUUAUUGGAAGAUACAAAGGACAGCAGUUUAUUAGGAUAGGGUAUAUUGUGGAUGUAGGCUAUCCAGGAAUACCAAGCAGUAAGCUUAUAAAGAAUGAUAUCGAGGAACCAUCUGAAGAGAUCGAAGACAAAGAAGAGGAUGAAGAGGACGUAGAAGAAAACUCAGAAAGUAUCGAAGGAUCUGAUGAGUCAAGCUAUGUUGUGAAAGAUGAGGAUGAAAACGCCGAGGAAGCGAAGCCAAGAACAUUUAUGGAAGCAGUUGAAGAUGUGGUUGACGAAGGAAAGGAGAGAAUAUUUGAAUCUGAAGGAAGAGAAGAAGAGGAAAAUGAAAAGGUUGGGUCUGACUCCUACUCAGAAAUCAACAGGGAACUUAACAAAAACAUUGGUGAAGAAGAGGUGAAAGCAAGUAAUGGAGAUGAAGACGUAUUUGAUUACUGUGGAUACAAAAUUAACAAAAAGGAAAUUGAGAUGAAGUUAAUGGAUCCGCCAGUGAUUAACCUAUUCGAGAUAGAAUGGUCGGAUGAAACCCCUGAUAAGGAAAGACUUGACACUAAUGAUGAGAGCCCUGCAAAAAAGCAAAAGGUUGAAUAG